AUGGCUGAACCUGAGGAUGUUGAGGAAGACCUCUUCGCCGAUUUGUACGAUGCCGACGACACUACGGCUCAGUCGACGUCUGUUGUAGAACCUCCACAGGUUUCAGACCCCAUCACCUCCGCUCCACCUGUUCCCGCGACUGAAUCUCAUACGCAAUAUGCGGAUCAGCACCAUGGUGAUGCCGAAGUGGGCGGAUCCUAUCAAUAUUCCCACCAGUCUGGCAAUCAUGUGGGAGGAGAAAAUGGCGGCGCUGGCUUUCCGAAUCUUUCGGCAACUCCAGUGGGCGACUCCGAGCCUCAAGGGACCGGAAUCAAAGAAGACGGGUGA